GGCGUCCGGUUGGCUGAGCCCUGGGUCGCCCAAAGUCUGGCUUGUCCUCUGUGCCCGAGGGAACCUGGGGGCUUCCGGCUCUGGGAGCAGCGAUCGCCGCCGUCCUCUCGCCGCCGUCCUGGUGGGCUUGGGUCUACCCCCGCGGGCUUCACCGCGAGAGAGCCUCCCCUCGCUGGGCGGGUGGUCGUGUGUUUUGCAACUUGUUCGAGCCCAGGGUUUGAACCUAGAGUCGUUGUGCCAUAGUCUUUUUCAGGUCAUUAGUUUCCAGGCAGUGCAGGUGCACCUGAGCAGAACAGCCAUGAGAGCCAGUCAGAAGGACUUUGACAUUGCGGUGCAUCGGGUGAAACUCUUAAAGGAGGAUCCAGGCAAUGAUGCAAAGCUAAAACUCUAUGCGCUGUAUAAACAGGCCACAGAAGGACCUUGUAAUGUGCCCAAACCAAGUGUGUUCAACUUCAUCGGCAAGGCCAAGUGGGAUGCGUGGAAUGCCCUUGGCAGACUGCCCAAGGAAACUGCCCAGCAGAACUAUGUGGAAUUUGUGUCCUGCUUGAGUCCUUCCUGGGAAUCCUCUAGCCAGGCGGGACCGGGAGCCAGCGGGAGCUGGCCUGAGUCUGAACACGUGGUAGUGACCUCCAAAGACGGCAUCACAACGAUCACAUUAAACCGACCGACCAAAAAAAAUGCCAUCACCAUUCAGAUGUACCACGAUAUUAUACUUGCACUUAAAGCUGCAAGCAAGGAUAACUCAGCCAUGACUGUUAUUACAGGAAAUGGUGACUAUUACAGCAGUGGGAAUGAUCUGACUAACUUCACUAAGUUUGCCUCGGAUGAUUUAGAGAAGCUAUCUGAAGACAGCGCCAAUAUACUGAGGAAUUUUGUAGGCACUUUUAUAGAUUUCCCUAAGCCUCUGGUUGCAGUGGUGAAUGGUCCAGCGGUGGGGAUCUCCGUCACCCUUCUUGGGCUGUUUGAUGCUGUAUAUGCAUCCGACAGGGCAACGUUUCACACGCCUUUUACUAGUCUCGGCCAAACCCCAGAAGGAUGCUCCUCUUAUACUUUCCCAAAGAUAAUGGGCCCAGCCAAGGCAGCUGAGAUGCUUAUUUUUGGGAAGAAGAUAACAGCAAGAGAGGCAUGUGCUCAAGGCCUCGUUACUGAAGUUUUUCCCGACAGCACUUUCCAGAGAGACGUUUGGACCAGGUUGAAAGCAUAUGCCAAGAACCCUCCAAAUGCAAUGAGCCGUGGAAAGCAGUUAAUCAGAAGCAGCGAGAAGGAGAAGCUGCACGCUGUCAACGCUGAAGAGUGCAGAGUGGGGCGGGAAAGUUGGUUGUCCACGGAGUGCACCACUGCCCUCCAGAACUUCCUCUCCAGAAAAGCACGGCUGUGAGGACUGCGACAGCCCCGUGCCCCUGGAAUGCUGCUCACUCCGGUCUCCAAUACUUCAUGAAGUAAACAUCACUGUGCCUUAUUAAGAUGCUCAGACAACAAUUAUAUACUAUUGCGCUUACAGCCCUAAUGAGUAAAAACUUCCUAAAAGAAUUCGCACAGCCUUUUGGUGAUAGAAAAUCUUACGUCCUUUGCCAUGAAUCGCUGUUGCCAGGAGCACUGGAGUGUGGAGCCAGGGACCUUGCUAUGAAAAGCACUCACAGCUUUGCAAGCAGAGUUUAUGUCGCUGAA